GGUUUACAGUAAUUUGUAAAGAACAUUUUUUUUCGAAUAUGCAAGAGUUUAAAAAAUCGCGAAUGCGGACCAUAUCUCACAUGGACUUUGGAGCUGACCUACAUGCGUUUGUUAAGUUUCUGAACACUAACUGCACACACAGAUCGUUUGUGCUGCUCUGCUGUCACUUCUGUUCAGCUCUUGCUUUUUGAUUUGUAGGCUUUUUAACCACUAUAGGCUACAUACAUAUAGAUAGGCCUAUGAGUUGUGCACAGAUAGCAGGGAUGGCAGAGCCCAGCGGGAUCUUGAUAAAAGGAGGUAAAGUUGUGAAUGAAGACUGCUCCGUGCUCAGCGACGUCUACAUUGAGAAUGGGAGAAUAGUUGAAGUUGGACUGAACCUGCAGAUCCCAGGGGGGGUGCGAGUCAUCGAUGCCACCGGGAAACUGGUGAUCCCGGGCGGCAUCGACACGCACACACACAUGGAGCUGGCGUUCAUGGGCACCAAGGCUGUGGACGACUUCCAUAUCGGAACCAAGGCCGCUCUAGCAGGAGGGACCACAAUGAUCCUGGACUUUGCCAUCCCCCAAAGGGGCCAGUCUCUCCUGGAAGCCUACGACUGUUGGCGAAAGACAGCUGACCCCAAAGUUUGCUGCGACUACUCGCUGCAUGUCGCCGUCACAUGGUGGAGUGACAAGGUCAAACAAGAGAUGCAGACACUGACCAAAGAGAAGGGAGUCAAUUCCUUUAAGAUGUUUAUGGCCUAUAAAGAUGUGUUUAUGCUGCAGGACUCUGAGCUCUACGCUGCCUUCUCCCAGUGUAAGGAGAUCGGAGCUAUAGCUCAGGUGCAUGCUGAGAAUGGAGACCUGAUUGCAGAGGGGACUAAGAAGAUGCUGUCUCUGGGCAUCACGGGGCCAGAGGGCCAUGAGCUGUGUCGGCCCGAGGAGGUGGAGGCCGAGGCCACCCAGCGAGCCAUCACCAUCGCCCACGCUGUCAACUGCCCGCUGUAUGUGGUCCAUGUCAUGAGCAAAUCUGCCGCCAAGGUGGUGUCUAAUGCACGCAGAGACGGGCGGGUGGUGUUCGGGGAGCCCAUUGCAGCUGGAUUGGGCACUGACGGUACUCACUGCUGGCACAAAGACUGGGCCCAUGCUGCUGGCUUUGUCAUGGGUCCUCCCCUCAGACCUGACCCCAGCACCCCUGGGUACCUCAUGGACCUACUGGCCAAUGAUGAUCUCAGUGUGACGGGAACGGACAACUGCACCUUUUCUGUGUGCCAGAAGGCUCUGGGCAAAGACGACUUCAGCAAGAUCCCAAAUGGAGUGAACGGAGUGGAGGACAGGAUGUCUGUCAUCUGGGAGAAAGGAGUGCACAGUGGCAAAAUGGACGAGAAUCGAUUUGUAGCUGUCACCAGCAGCAACGCUGCAAAAAUCUUCAACUUCUACCCGCAGAAAGGCCGUAUCGCCAAAAACUCGGAUGCUGAUGUGGUAAUAUGGGACCCUAAGAUGACAAGGAAGAUAUCAGCCAAGACCCACCACCAGGCUGUGGACUACAACAUCUUCGAGGGCAUGGAGUGCCACGGUGUCCCUGUCAUCACCAUCUCCCGAGGCAAAGUGGUCUAUGAGGAUGGGCGGCUGAAGACGUCACCAGGACAUGGCAGAUUCAUCCACAGAAAACCCUUCUCUGAAUUUGUUUACAAAAGAAUCAAGCAAAGGGAUCAGGUGGGGGCACCUACAGCUGUGAUCAGAAAGCCCUAUGAAGGUAAAGUCAUUUCUCUGUGAACCACUGGCCUAGAACAUGAAAGGCACUUUGAAUCUCCAGCUGUGUGUCUCCAGUACAAUCCAGGAAGCUACCAAAGCCAAAAACAACUUAAUGCCGUUUCACUGAUAAACCUGCUCUUUGAUAUUUCUGCAAGUCAUACAUUACUCAGCCAUUUAAAUCCCUGUGUGCAGUAAAGGUGUUGGUGUUAGUGUUUAGGUCAACUCUGAUCUGAACACUUAGGUCAAUGUUCUGUUGCCAGGAAAUACCUUUGUUAUAUUUAUUCAACUGUGGGAGGUUUCCAGGUCAGCUGUGCUUCGAACACAGGUUGAUAGAACACACUGUGCUGCUGGAUAUGAUAUCUGCUCAAACAUACAAUAUAUAAUCGAGUAAUUCACUGCGAAGAAAUGAGAAGAGCUUAUGCACGAUUUCACGGUUUAAAAAAAAAUGCCGUCUGAUUAGAAAAGAAGAUCUUUUAUCACUUUUAUAUUUGUGCAUGUCAUUGUGGUAAUUGUGUUAUAAAAUAAAUAUAAAAAUAAAAACUGGCUUUAGUUGUGAA